CCCCGGAGCGGGAGUGGGGCGGGGUUGGGCAUGGACCAUCCUGCCCGGCUGGGGCUGGAGCCUUCCCCCAAGUCGGGAGUUGAGGCUUUCUCCCCCUGGGGUGGGAGUGGAAGCUGAACCCCUCUCUCCAAAGCCGAGACUUGGCCGGUCCUCCUGUGACCAGGCUGAAGCUGUCCCCUCUCCCGCCGCCUCCGGGCUGGAGCAGAAGCUAAACGUUUUGGCUAUACACCCACAUUGGACUGGGCUUUGGUCUUGAGGCCACAGCUCAGCUUUCUGCCCUGGGCCCACCUGCUCCCCAACCCACCCACAGGCCAUCUUAGGGCGCUGGAGUCUGCAAGGCAGCCUCUUGCUUGUUCCCCUGCACUGCCUUUAGCCGCUGCCCCUCAGCAGCUGUGCCCCCAGCAUCAGUCUCCAGGGACUCCCUCCUCUCCCUGCCCAGCAAGGCAGUUGGAGCAGCCAGCCAGGCUGUCCAGAGGACUGUUUGGUGGGGCUCCUGACCUGAAGUGGAAACCCAGAAAAACUUGCUCUUUCUCCCCUCUAUACUCACGUCCCACAAGGCGUCCCUCGCCCCACCCCUCAGAUCCCUGGUUUGGCGAAUCCUGCUGAGAGUGAGCAGUAGGAGGAUUCUCGAAAGCUUCCAGCUUGCCACCUGGCAGAAGGUCACUUUCUUUUGAGCAGAGGAGAUAAUAGGAGGUACCCUGCCAGUGUUCACUGAGAGGCGGGGGUGGCAGGGGCCACAGUUGCUCUGGGAGGGUUGUGGUACCUGGGGCUGGGUGGCUCGCCCUAAGCUUGCUCUGACAAAAGAGUUUUGAGUUGGUCUUUUGACUGAGCCUGCCAAGGAAGGCAGGCCCCUGCAGGAGUCUUGGAGGGUCGGAUGCAGCGCCGGAUGAGGAUGAGGCGUGGCAGAAGAUGCGUUUGGCUCUGCAGACACUGCAUCGGGCAGCAGGGGACUCUGGGAGGCUGGUGCAGCCAGAAGGCAUGGCUCUUGACAGCCUUCUAGUAGAAUCUCUGGAAUUGUGCAUGUAUCCCUUACCUCCAGCCAGUCUGUGCAGACUUGCUGCCUGCUAUGUCACCGUGAACGGAAAGGCUGGGAAGAAGGCCCUUCACAAAAUGGACUGGUGUUGCAGGGUGAGAAGCUUCCCCCUGACUUCAUGCCAAAGCUCGUCAAGAAUCUCCUAGGCGAGAUGCCUCUGUGGGUCUGCCAGAGUUGCCGGAAAAGCAUGGAGGAAGAUGAAAGACAGACAGGUCGAGAACAUGCAGUGGCAAUCUCCUUGUCACACACGUCCUGCAAAUCACAAUCUUGUGGAGGUGAUUCUCAUUCUUCCUCGUCCUCUUCUUCAUCAUCCUCAUCUUCCUCCUCCUCUUCCUGCCAUGGGAACUCAGGGGACUGGGAUCCCAGCUCGUUCCUGUCUGCGCACAAGCUCUCGGGCCUCUGGAACUCCCCGCACUCCAGUGGUGCUGUGCCAGGCAGCUCACUUGGGAGUCCUCCUGCCAUCCCUGGUGAGGCUUUCCCUGUUUCGGAGCACCACCAGCACACAGACCUCACUGCUCCCCCUAACAGCCCCACUGGCCACCACCCCCAGCCAGCAUCUCUGAUCCCUUCUCACCCCAGUUCCCUUGGCUCCCCACCCCACCCACACUUGCUGCCCACCACCCCAGCAGCACCUUUCCCUGCCCAGGCUUCAGAGUGCCCUGUGGCUGCUGCUGCUGUCCCCCAUCUCCCAGGGCCAUGUCAGAGCCCCCACGUACCCUCCACCAGCAUGCCACUCCUGAAGAUGCCUCCACCAUUCUCGGGGUGCAGCCACCCCUGCAGUGGGCACUGCAGUGGGCAUUGCAGCGGGCCUCUCCUCCCACCACCAGGCUCUCAGCCACUCCCUAGCACUCACAGCAGGGAGCCUGGGUGCAAGGGGCAUAAGUUUGCACACAGCGGCCUAGCCUGCCAGCUGCCCCAGCCUUGUGAGGCAGAUGAGGGACUGGGCGAGGAAGAGGAUAGCAGCUCUGAGCGAAGCUCCUGCACCUCGUCCUCCACCCACCAGAGAGACGGGAAGUUCUGUGACUGCUGCUACUGUGAGUUCUUCGGCCACAAUGCGCCACCCGCUGCCCCGACGAGUCGGAAUUAUACCGAGAUCCGGGAGAAGCUCCGCUCAAGGCUGACCAGGCGGAAAGAGGAGCUGCCCAUGAAGGGGGGCGCCCUGGGCGGGAUCCCUGGGGAGCCCGCCGUGGACCACCGAGAUGUGGAUGAGCUGCUGGAAUUCAUCAACAGCACGGAGCCCAAAGUCCCCAACAGCGCCAGGGCCGCCAAGCGGGCCCGGCACAAGCUGAAAAAGAAGAAUUGGAGAGACUGCCUCUCCAGCAGCCAUGUUCCUCACAUGAAUCCCCAUUUUGGUCUUCAGAAUUAUUGUCCCCAUUUUGAUGAGUCCACAGGGACCCAACUGGAAAAAGAGAAGGCCCAGUUGGCAGCAGAAACUCUGAAGCAGGCAAAUCGUGUUUCUGGAAGCCAGGAGCCAAGGCCUGCCAGGGAAAGGCUCUUGGAGUGGCCUGACCAGGAAUUGGAUCGGGUCAACAGCUUCCUGAGCAGCCGUCUGCAAGAGAUCAAGAACACUGUCAAAGACUCCAUCCGUGCCAGCUUCAGUGUGUGUGAGCUCAGCAUGGACAGCAAUGGCUUCUCUAAGGAGGGGGCUGCUGAGCCUGAGCCCCAAACUGUAUCCCCCUCAAACCUCAAUGGCUCCUCAGAGCAACGGCCUGACAUCAACCUUGACCUGUCCCCUUUGACUUUGGGCUCUCCCCAGAGCCACACGUUACAAGCGCCAGGUGAGCCGGCCCCACCGUGGGCAGAAAUGAGAGGUCCCCACCCACCAUGGACAGAGGUGAGGGGCCCCCCUCCUGGUAUCAUGCCUGAGAAUGGGCUAGUGAGGAGACUCAACACGGUGCCCAACCUGUCCCGGGUGAUUUGGGUCAAGACGCCUAAACCAGGCAAUCCUAGUUCUGAGGAUUCAGGCUCAAAGGAGGUCCCCAGUUGCAAGCAGGAGCUGCCUGAGCCUGUGGCCACAGGUGGGAAGCCACGGAAAGGCAAAAAACAGGGUAGUCAGGCCAAGAAGAACGAGGUGAACCUGGCCUCCCAUCCUCCAGCCAACACAGAGGUUCCCAGUGCCAAGAGCCAGAUAUUUGGCUCCAAGCAACCAGGCAAGGCCCCAGAGCUUCCCAACACAGGCAGCUGUGCUGAGGCUGGAGAGGGCAGCCGAGGGAGCAGGCCAGUAUCAGGUUGGGCUGACAGCCCCAAAACUGAGAAGGAGAAGGGCAACUCCUGGCGGAACUGGCCAAGUGAGGUCAAGGCACGUCCUUCAGAGCUGGAGUCUGUACAACCCCCAGGCUCAGCAAGGCCACAGAGCUUACCCCAGGGCAAGAGCCGCAGCCGCAGGAGCCGCAACAAGCAGGAGAAGUCGGCCUCCUCGUUGGACGAUGUGUUCCUGCCUAAGGACAUGGAUGGGGCGGAGAUGGAUGAGACGGACCGAGAGGUGGAGUACUUCAAGAGGUUCUGUUUGGAUUCAGCAAAGCAAACUCGUCAGAAAGUUGCUGUGAACUGGACCAAUUUUAGCCUCAAGAAAACUGCUCCCAGCACAGCUCAGUGAGCCCUGCCUAGGUCAAGCUUCUUCAGGGCAUCCUGAGGCCCCGACUGCCAGCUGAAGGUCUACAGUUUUUCCUCCCACAUGUCCUGCCCACCUGCCCUGACCCCUCCCUGCUCCUGCCAUCCUGGACCAACCAAACGCUGAAUGGAUGCUGUGCUGUGCUAGAGUCCCUCAGGACCUCGGCAGAGCCGCUUCCUGGUGCUAUGCAGCCUCCACACUCAGAACCUGGGGACUGGGCUGGCCUGUGCUGUGGGCCAGGGGCUGAUGGUACUGCUGGCCCAACACUGCUCUCUUUGUGUUCAGUUUUUUGUUUUUGUUUUUAUUUUAUUUUUUUUCAAUUCUUUACUUUUGAUACUGUGAAGAUCUUUCAUGCUGAAAGAUAAAGCAACAUUUGGACACAGA